AUGCCGUUUUCCGAAAGGCCCGCUUCCAGUGGCAGGGUAGAACUGCCAAAGCCAAAUGACCCGAAUUUGAAAUGCCAAUCCUUCAGGCCAGCUUUGCAGGAUGCAAAGUUCAGAAAGAUAUUUAAACACUUCCAGGAAAAAUCUCCAGUUAUGAAAGCUUCAAAGAUGGAGAAUGCCAUGCAAGUGUUGGGAUUGAACCCAACGCCCGCGCAGGUCUGCGAGCUUUUACAUCGUGUGGGCCAGCCUGUCGUCCUCAACUUUGAAACCUUCAGCCAAGCAAUGAAGGAGGCACUUGCAUGCUGGGCGCAACCGGCUGAGGCCCAGGCGGCGGAACUUCAAAAGUGUUUUGAGGAUUUCGAUCCGCAAAAGACUGGCUUUUUGCAGCGGGCGACGAUUGCCACAAUCAUGGGCGGAACGUUCUCAGAAGAGCAAUUGGAGGAGCUGUUGAGCGGAACCAGACUGACAAGUAAGGGCUACAAGUAUUCCGACCUGGUCGAAAAGCUUUUGAACGAUGACGAGAAGGUAACCUGUUCCACCAGCGAGAGCAGUGAUGGUUCUUGUGAGGAAAGGGGAGUUGAAGCAAGUGAGGGCAUCAAGCAGAGUUUGGAGGAGGCUUUGCGUGAAGAGUUUGCGACGAAAUUGGCAGAGCUACAGGAAGCCCUUGAGGCGUCUAACAGACAACUUGAAGAAGCGAAGAAAGAGCACUUGCAGAAGGUUCGUUCACUACAAGAGAAGCUUGAAGCAUCGAAGAGAGAAACACAGGAAUUGACUCAUAGAGAGGACAAGCAGAAGGUGCUGAUGGAGGAGCGCGAAGAAAGGGGCCAGAAUCAAGAAAUUGAUCGGCCAAGAUCUUUACUCGACUCGGGCGUUGCGGCAACGCAGAGAUUCGAGGAGGCCUUGCAGAUAUUCGAGGAGAGUACAGCGCAGCAUGGUGCAGACCACCCAGAGAUUGCAAGUGCUUACCAGUCUUUGGACAAUCAGAAGCUGGAUGAGGCCACCCAGAUCUUGUCAUUCCACUUGGGGGCGGUUUUACCACUUCGCUUCACAGUGAAAGAGCGGCCUUCCGUGCUGCGCAACAUGGAAGAGACAACAUUCCUCGGCCGCUUCAAAGCUGGAGCAAAGAAGUGUUUCGUGUCCUACCCAGGCAAAUUCAAAGGUGGUUGGCAGAUACUCGUCAGGGAUGACGGUGAGUACAGUGACCAGAGCGCGGCCUGUGUGUAUUGUUGCAAACGAAAAGAUGGUUUGGGUGUGCACGUUCCCGACCCACUGAACCCCGCUGCGCCCUGUUACUGUUGGCGGAUCUGCGGAAAGGGAAACCCUACGAACAGAAAUUUUCACACGUUUGGGUACCUCUUCGAAGUGGGACCGCCAUACGAUGAUGAGAAGCACAUGAAGAAUGCUGAAGAAACGGCGAAGGCCAUGAAUGCCAUUCUUGUCCGCAAAGAUGCCAGUCCAGAGGAAUACCGUAAGGCGGUUGAAGAUGCCAAAAGAGCAUGGUCAGAGCAUGGUGAACGUCCAGCUUGGGGUUGUUUUUGGUAUGACGUUUGGUACAAGAACACGGAGAAAGGAGUGAAAGCAGGACAAACACCCGUAGUGGUCUACUAUCCCGGGAUGCUUGGCAUGGGCAAGGUCACAAUGGAAGACUUGUCGAACCCUGACGUGUCUCUGUGGGACUCAGACUCCUCAAACCGAGGUCUUGGAGGAUCCCAGAAGAUGGAAGUCGCGACCAUGGAUGCCAUGAAUUGGCCCUAUGAAGAGAUGGAUUUUAUGGAAUUCAUUCAUCGAUCCUUGCAAAUUGGCGAGAAGGUCCUGGCUUGGAACGAGGGCAAGCGUCAGUGGACCAGGGGAGUAAUCGCGAGCAAAAGAGAGCUCGAGCCACAGGACAAGGAAGAUGUCAGUUUCAAGUGGGCAGUGCAAUGUCAGGAAUCUGAGGACUGUUUUGAAACCAGCCGAAUCCGGCCUGACAAUGGUGAAAUGGACGAGCUCGAGGAGAAGUUGAUACGGCAGGAUUUCAUCGGGGCUUUGAACGUUUGCCUCCAAGAAGGUCAGACAGUCAUCAGCACCUGCCCCAGGAAGGAGUGGCUCCAGGAUGGCACCCCUGCCAUGACCUUUGACAUCCGAAGCCAAGAUGUCGGAUCCCUCCAAAAACUAUGCAGCGAUGUUCUGUCUGGCAAUUUUGAGGUCUCGAUCAACAAAGAAACCUUCAAGAAUCAGACGGAAACGGCUGGCUUAAAUGAUGAGAUUGACUAUUGGCAGCUACAGGUCAACAAGACGGAGUUUGUGAAAGCUUACAAAAGCAUGCUCAUGAGCUCUACGAGACUCACCCCGCAUCAACAAGAUCGACUCUCCAAGCUUGAUGAGUCUAACAGAAUCCAUUUGAAAGCGGCCGCAGGUUCCGGUAAAACCUUUGUGGCAGCGCAGAAGGUUGUCAACACUUUGCUUGGGCAUCCUGAAGGACAAGUUUUGUUUGUAGCCCCCUGCAAGACGCUUUGCCUCCAUUUUGUGCGAUUGCUAUUGAUGAUGGAUACUGGAGGCCGUGCAGAAGAGCUUGUGUGUGCUCGCCUGAAGGUCAUGUACAACAAUCCCUUCAAAUGCUUCAUGACGGUGAGAAUCGUUGACAACAAACGAAGAAUCACAUUUCAAGAGGAGAAAAACACAGCCGAAAGGGAGCUCAUCCUUGCAGUGGUGGAUGAGGCUCAUGAUAUUUUUUGCCCACGUGUUGUUCAGAAGCACCUGAAAGAGACAUUGCAGAGAUCCAAGCAAUCUAUCCUACUUUCCGAUUUAUCUCAGUCUUCGGCAUUGGAGCAGAAUUUCCACGAGCUUGGUCACUAUGAUGAAGUCUACCUCACGGAGACUGUGCGCAGCACCGAGCGAGUUGCGUUGGGCGCAAAGUCCUUCCAAUUGAGUUUUGAACAUGAGCAGAGUGAGAAAACUGAGGUGACGUCUAUUGGUUCCAAAGGACCACCGUUGAAAACUUUUAUUUUUGAACGACCAAAGAAAGAGGCAGCACCACUGUUCAAUGACUAUUGCCACUACACCAUUGCGGCUCUCAAGCACGUGGUUUCAUCAUACCCAGACCUGAGCCUUCACCACAACGUGGCAAUUAUUGUGCCACACUCCGAUUUUCUCGGCAAACUUAAACCACUUUUGAAAAAGAAGCUCCAGGAAGAGAUUACGUGUCGAAAGCUCUCAAAAAGACUCGGCCUCAUCAGCUUCGAGGAUUCGCUCUCCUACCUGGUCUCGUCAAGUGUGGCAGAACAGGACUCCAAAGAGGAGCAUAUGAUUUUGGAUUCCAUUGACAAUGCUAAGGGAUUAGAGCAGCUCAUCGUCAUAGUAGUUGGAAUGGAUGCAGAGAUCAAAUCAAAAGGUGCUCGGGACAGGGAAACUGUAAAGUUUGUAGGUCGGAGCCGAGUUGAGAACUCCCAUCACGAAUCCUCCCUGAUGCCUUCUUCACCAGUGGACUCAUCUCCCGCAAUGCAGUUGUAUGAUAUAUUUGUGUAA